UGCGGGGCGGGGCCGGGCCGGGCGCUGCGGGCUCCGGGCGGCGCCAUGAAGGACUGCGAGUACCGGCAGAUCCCGCCCGGUGCCGCCGCUCCGGGCCCCGCCGUUUCCCCGCCGCCCGUUGUACCGGAGCGUCCAGGCGAGAACCGGCGGCCCCGACGGAAAUGGGAGGUGUUCCCGGGCCGCAACCGCUUCUAUUGCGGCGGCCGGUUGAUGCUGGCGGGGCACAGCGGAGUCUUCGCCCUCACGCUCGGUCUCAUCCUGGCCACCAGCGCUCUGUUCUUCGCUUUCGACUGCCCCUUCCUCGCCCGUCACCUGACCCUGGCCAUCCCCAUCAUCGCAGCUGUCCUCUUCUUCUUCGUCAUCAGCUGCCUCCUCCAGACGAGCUGCAGGGAUCCCGGGAUCCUGCCCAGAGCCACCCCCAGUGAGGCUGCAGACCUGGAGAAACGCAUCGAUGCCAUGGGGACCUCCACGUACCGCCUGCCAGCCCGCACGAUGGAAGUGGUCAUCAAUAAGUACGUGGUGAAGCUCAAAUACUGCUACACCUGCAAAAUGUUCCGUCCCCCCCGCACCUCUCACUGCAGCGUCUGCGACAACUGCGUUGAGAGGUUUGAUCACCACUGCCCCUGGGUGGGCAACUGCGUGGGGAAGCGCAACUACCGCUACUUCUACGCCUUCAUCCUCUCCCUCUCCUUCCUGACAGCCUUCAUCUUCGCCUGCGUCGUCACCCACCUCACUCUGCGCUCUCAGAGAGAUGGAUUCCUCACCACUCUGAAGACAACACCUGCAAGUGUGCUGGAGCUGGUGAUUUGUUUUUUCUCAGUCUGGUCUAUUUUGGGCCUCUCAGGUUUUCACACUUACUUAGUUGCCUCGAACCUGACCACGAACGAAGACAUCAAAGGGUCCUGGUCAAAUAAGAGGGGUUCAGAGUUUGCCAAUCCUUACAGCCAUAAAAGUAUCCUCACAAACUGCUGUGCGGUGCUGUGUGGACCAUUCCAUCCCAGUUUGAUAGACAGAAGAGGGUUCAUCCAGCCAGAUGUGGGGACGCCGGCCAGUCCGAAGAACGAAAUCCCUUCCUUUGGAGCCAAACCUGACACCAGCAUGCCCAUCUCAUCUCCACCGCAUGUCUGGCUCUGCCUGUGAAGCCCUCCAUCAUCCUCCAGCUGUGCUGAUACCUGCAUGCUCCCACCGCCUUCCUGCAGCCUGGGUGAGCACAGCAGGGUGCUUCCCCCCCCCCCCCCAAGUGCUGUGAGAUGGAGCUGGACUGGGUCAGCCCAGCCUGGGGACAGCAGCCCCGUGAUGUUUGCAGUAGUGCCCUGCAUGGUGCAGGGAUGUGUUUGUGGUUUGUCCGGACUGGGAGCACGUUAUGGUUCCACCCUUCAUCUCCAUCUCUCCGUGCCUCAGUUUCCCCGUGUGUAAUGUGACAUUUGUCCUCCCAUGUGCCUACCAUCAAGGUGAGUUCUUUCUCCUCUUUCCCCGGUCCUGGGGCUGUGCAGUGUGCUCAGGGCAGCACGGAGCUCCGCAGGCCGGCAGCCCCUCUGCCCCUCUUGGAGCACCCUGGGGAAGCCAGGACCCCACGAACCUCCCCGAUGACGACAGCCAUCAGCACCACCUGUGCCUCUGCAGAGCUGUGCCUUCCCCCUUCCUGCUGGGGGAGAGGGGGGAGAGCAGCCAUGUGCAAGCCAAAGCCUUUCUGAGCCCCCCACCCACAGCAGGGGCCAAAAAGCCAUACAGCAUCCCUCCCGAGUGCAAUACUGCGUUCCUCCUGCCUCCCCCUCACCGUGGGGAAGGGCCAUAAACUGAGCCAGGGCUCCCAGCACCCAGCCCUACCUGGGGGCUCCUCCUGGGGGGGGGAGGGGGUUGGGUUUGAGCCAGCAUGUGUUGCCCACUGCAUCCCACUUGGCCCUGUAGGAUGGUGCAUGGUCAACGCUCACCCUCCUCAUGAGCUCCCCACCCCCCAGUUCAUCACUAUGGGGCUCUGAUGGAGGGGAUGGGUCCCUUCCCCCUGUGCAAAGGGCUUCAAGCCUGGUAGGAUUCUGCCUUUUACUUUUGUAACGAAAUAAAGAUUUUCCCGUUU